AUGUCCCAGCCUGUCCAGCUCAACUUCGGAGACACAAUCUCAAGAGGCAUCCAGAAUGUCGCCGCCCUCCUCCCCCUUCUCGGCACAGACCAAUGCGAACGACACGUGGGUGCAGCUUUGGAGAAAGGCUAUAUCUACGCCGCUGCCACACCUUUAUCGAUCUUUGGAAGCCUGGGCAUCGUCAAGACUGCUUUCGCCACCUUUCUUGCGUGCACCACCAAGGUCUUCUACGGGGGAAAAUGGUUCCACCACGCAGGCUUUGGCACCACUGCUUCCGUCACAUCGAUGGUCACUAUAGCGAGUGGUACAAAACUUUAUGGAGCGGAGUUGAAGUUCCAAGAGUUGCUUAAAGAGCAGCAUCUUGACGACCCCGGGCUUGUUACCGAUGUGGAAUGGUUCGGGUGGGAGAAAAGGUCUAUAGAUAACAACAAUUCCCAGUCGCAAGCCAAGUGGUUUUCUACCUCGUGGACUUUUGCUCUCGUUUCAGCGUCAGCAUUUUGCGCGGCCAUCAGCCUCUUACCAUACAUAUAUCUCAAUCAGAAUCAAUUCGACCACCCCUUAUCCUGGAUAUUUCCCGUGUUCCGUUCUUUUGGCUCGAUGCUCUGCGUCAUUUCGGUACAACUCGCACUCCAGCACCGAAUCCAUCGCAUUGUCAAAUCCACCCUUCUGCUCAUGAAAGCCAGCAAGGUCUCUACACUGUCCUACGAUGUGGAUAGGGUAACGAAGGCAUUGAUGGAGGCGCGUCUACGUACCCUCCGUUCGGAGCUGAAGGGGGAUUGUCGGGAGAAGGGCAGGGAUGCUGAGACACAGGAACGGCUUCGGAGGGAGGUGGAGUCGCUGCUAUCUGUUGAUGUGAUGCUUCUCCUCCAUCAAGUAUCGAUUCUUGCUGGGAUGGUGAUGACCGUGGCUGGAUAUGUUGGCUGUUUCAAUCUAGUCAGCCAAUCCAGAGCGAAGCAUGGACCGUACGUCUGGCUUGGGAUGGAGGCCUUUCUCUCCAUCCUUCGCAUGGUCCUGUGGGGCGGUAACCCCCGGUGGGCACAGGGUGACACGGGCUUGGAGAUGAAGCUCAAUUUACGAUCAGUCCAAGGCAAGGAGGCUAGCCUUCCAGACGUAACUUGUCGCUCCAAGGCCGCGACUUCGAUCUUCCCCCUCAUAACCACCCCCCUCCUUCUCUCCCAGCUGAUAUGUUCUAAGCCGGGCGAACCCAGACAGCCGUUUGUGGCGGUAAGCCUAGAGGACUUCCUUACUGCUGCGACGCCAUAUGUGGGCCCACUCCGCCGCUUGGAGCUGGAGGGAAUCUCCCUAUUUCUCGCUAUCAUCCCAGAGAAAGUUGAUGGACGUGCCAAACGAAAGGUCCUCUGCCUGACUGCUCGUCAAAACGAUUCCCACUGGACUUCGAUAUCCGUCAUUGUUGGGAGGUGUAACGUCGAACACACCAUAUACUCUUCUCGUUCUCGAGACCUCCGCGGCUCUCAUUCCCAUUCCAUUCAGUUGAUCCUUGAGGAAGAGGCGACUAACUUGCACCCAGACAGUGCUGCAUUCAUUCACAACAGAACGACACAUCUCAUUGUGGAAUAUUCCUUCGCGCUCUUCAGGCGAUUGUUCGUUCACAAUCCGCUCUUCAGUAUCCAGUCGUUGUGGACACUUACAUUACCCAUGAGCCCUUCUCUUGAGGGAACACUCAUAUGCGACGUUCUAUUGACACAAUACGACGAGAGAUAUAUCUCCCUCCGCCAGGUAGACGAUCUGAAAGUAAAAAGAGAACCUUUGCAUCCCAGUGCAUUCCUCGUAGAUCCGUCUGAGCAAAAUUUCUCGUACCUUGUGGAAUAUGGAGUCCUGUUCGUGAGUGCAGUUCUGGAAAUCCAUCUUUGCGUCGAAGAGCAUCGUUUCAUCCGUUCCAUGGGGCUGACUGAGGCUAUCUCCCGUCCUUUAGCCUGGGAUUGGAUCUGGAAGAUGGGGGAGCGGGUCUCGUCGGAAAAGACCGAGAGCCGGAAACGAAUUGGAGACAAGUUAACCGAAUCCAUCGACGUAGAGGAGACAUGGGAUUCCCUAUCUCGCGAACUUCGUUCAUUACGACAAAUGCGCGGAGACAGCUGGCUUAUUCAGAGCUGGGAGGGUUUCAUCGACGCGAUAUUGGGCCAGUCUGGUCACGACAGCCCAAAUAUCCUAAAACUUUUCCAAUUCCAACCAUUCAGCGUCUUACAACAUCUCACCCUCAAGUUGCGCCCUCUGUUCACUGAUGAUGAUGGUGCCCAUACCCAAGCAUAUCACAAUAUAAUUGCAUAUGUCAGGUCCUCAUUAGACAAUCUACACGAUGACAAGUUGUCUAUGAAAUCGAAGUACCACACUCGGAAAGUCGCUCGUGACUUGUCUGGUCGCACUCUGGUCAACGGGCCGCGGAGACAUACCCAAGCAAACCCGCUCUACGACGAAGCUGAGAACAUCAGCAAACAGUAA